GGAAGCCGACAGUGGAAGUGAAGGAGGAGAGGAGAGCGAGCAGGAGCGCAGCAGAAAUGGCGAACAAACUUGUGGAUCUGGUGUACUGGAAGCACAUGAGGUGGACCGGUGUGGUGUUCACAGGGCUGGUGAUCAGUCUGGCCAGUAUCUUCCAGCUCAGCGCCAUCACUGUGCUCUCACACAUCUGUUUGGGUGUCAUGUGUGUCACCUUCCCCCUCCGUUUUUAUUAUAAACUGCUCGAGCUGCUACGCUGGAACCCUGGGGUGCAUCCCUUCCAGUCAUACCUGGAUAAUGACAGCUCUCUGACGGAAAAGGAGACAGUGAUGCUGGUGGAGGAGGUGGUGCUGCUGAUCGCAUUCGCUGUCACAGAGAUCAAACGCCUGCUUUUCGUCGAGAGCAUAAUCGACUCUAUAAAGUUUGUCUUCCUCCUGUAUCUGUUGACCUAUGUCGGCGUCCUAAUCAACGGGCUGACUCUGGUGAUAACAGCUGUGAUUGCAGUUUUCUCCAUUCCUCUUCUGUACAAAAAGCAGAAGCUGCGGAUAAGGAGGAUGGUGAGGGCAGUCAAAGGCUUUGUAAAAAGAAUCAAAAACAUGGUUCUUGGUCUGAUUGAAUCAGUUAGACCUUCUCCUGCACCUGAACCUGCACCAGCAGUCGCACAUGCACCAGUUGCAGCACCUGCCCCCAAACAGAAAGUGAAGUCCAAGUAACUUGUUUUUGGUAUCAUGAAGCACCCAGAAUAUUGGGAUUUGAAAAAUGUUGGAAUGGUCUGUCCUCUGUGGGGCCGCCGGAGAGGUCACUCAUUUCCAUUUCUCCACCAUGAUGUUUGUUUAUGGGAGCACGGUUUAAUGGUUCCUGACAGCUGAAACAAAGCUGCCAUUCACUCCUGGAGAGCGAGCGAGAGAGUAUGAGAAGUAUUUUAUUUACUGAGAUUGUUUCAAUGGGCUGAGUAUAUUAUAACCAGUUCACACAGUCAUGUUCUCCAAGCAGGGACGGCACAGGAUAUCACUGUUUCUUUUUUCUUUAAUAACAGGUCUAUUUAUACAUAGCUGGUGAGCACUGUGUUCCUGUUAAGCUGCAAAAUUAUUCAUAACCGAGCAGGGAAGUGUUAUGUCUUUCAUUAUUUAGCAUCAUGCAUUGUUGGCUGGAUAGAAUAAAACUGACAUGAACACUACCUGAAAUAAUUAUCAGUCAUGGUUUUAUGCUUGUUACUUAAUCAAGCUAUUAGCAAAAGCUUUCAAGAGGCAACUUUUUACAAAUGUAAUGAAACUUUUAUUACAAAUAGCAAGACCAUUUCCCUCUGCUCAUCAUUACAAAAUUUGAAAGCUAACUUAGCUUCCCUAAAGUUGCUACAACUAAAGAUGUGUUGUUUGAAGCCUAUCAUAAGACAUUCAUUAAUAGCACAAAAAAGUAUGCUUGAUAAAAUAAAAUGCUUUUAUGCGUUCAGAUCUAUCUGUUAAUCAAAUGGUCAACAGCUGACAACAUAAAUAGUUACAGUAACCUAGCUAGCUAACUGUUGCACAUAGCUACACUAGUAUUUAUUUAUUUGGAGUCAUGUUUACAUCCUCAUAGCUAGGUACCUGUCAGAUAUUCACUCUUUUUGAUUUCCAUGUUAUCUGUCUGGCUGCUUUUGCUAGAGCCAGGGACUCUUUGAAGGAAAUAUGUAGUUAUAACACAACUAAAGUUGCUAACUGUGUAUGUGCAACAAAAGUUUUGUGGCAGAAAAGACUGCCUUAUUGCACAAAAUGUAAACCUUUGUUAAUUUUAGACAGAAGAAAACAUUUUUGGCCCUUAUAUUUUUUAGCUGUGGGUCAAAAAGCACACUAUCAACACAAACUGUUACAGUAACUUAGCUAGCUAGCCAACUGGUACAAUUAGCCGACACAGAGCUGAAUAAGCAUUGCAGUCUUGUUUAUGUCCAGCUACCUAAAUGCCAGCCAAAUUGUCACUCAGUUUUUACUUUUUAAUUUGUUCAACUUACCAAGGACUCCUUGAGGUAAAUAUGCGACUCUUCAGCCACUAAAUGUCUUGCUAUGCUAACAAGCUAAAUGUUUACUGAUUGAUGCUGAAUGAGUAGCCUAAAGGGAAGUGAGAUUUAAAACAUUUUUGUUGAAAAUAACUGCAUUUCAAAUGGAAACAGGGCUUUUCCAGAGGUAAAUUAACUAACAGAGACAAUGUCUGGGUGAUAACAAUAAGCAAAAGAGCAACAAUCUUAAGUAGAGCUGGAGGGAAUUGACUAUAAAGUGACAAUGUCGGUGUUUUUUCCUUAAGCCUUUGAAGACAUUAAGCCAAUCCAUAGUUGACAUAAAAUAUUCUAUUAAGCUAAUCAGCUCUCACCAGGGCAUAGGCUAUUUGUCUCGUCUCUCAAACUGUGUUGAUAAACAGUCACGCAACAAUAGCAGAAGAGAUGUUGGCCUACUUUGCUGUUUUGAUACAUUUGUUCUUGUUAUUUUGAGUCUUAAAUCAUACACCACUAUUACUUACUAUAUAGUCAAAAACUAUUUGAAGAGGAACAUUAAUGCACCCUGUCUCAGAUGUAUAACUGUGUGAUUCACAUCUAGAAAAUAAACUAAUUUAACAUACAACAUGCUGCUGACAGCCUGUAAAGGGAAAAGAGCCUCAAAGUUAAUUUGAUUAUGAGUGAAGGUCACUUGCAAUUACUAAAAUAUCCACAUGAGACAGUACCAUGCUCUGUUUAGUUGUUUUUCACAUUUAAUCUUUACUAAUAUGAAGAUUACAUAAUCCAAUUUAAUAUUUUUUGUUUUAAUGUCUGCUGUCAGUCAACAAUUAGAAAAAGGUAAGCAUAAAUCAAUUGGGUAGCUAAUGAUACAAACAUCAGUUUUGGGUGUACUGUUAUUUAACUGUUUGGUUUUCACUGUCAAAUCUGAGCCAGUACAGCUGCAAGCAGCGAUUUAAUGCAGCUGUUCAGCAGAUGAGCAGCUGUUAUCAUGUUCGAUUUAUGCUGGUGAAUAUGUGGUGCUCUCUAGUGGACGGUAUUGCAAGAUAAAAUGCAGCUGCACUCAUACUAACAUGUCUUAAUGAACUAGUCAAUGUAAUUUGAUGAUGUAAACCUCAGACCCUGCUAACAUGGCAGGCAAGGGGCUAUGGUUUCUUGUCUUUAGUGCCAUCCACAUUUAGAAAGUUUUGAUUUAUUUUUCCUACAACUAGAAGUAUGCAAAAGAAAAAUAUUUUUGUACUGGCGCUUUAAAGAUACACCAAUUCAACAGCUCCCUGCAGUGAUAGCAUAGCACAGCAGUGACAGUAUCAGCGCAAUACUGAUAUUUUCUCUGUGAGGGUUAAGCUGUGAAUGUGAUGCUAGCAUAUUUAUAAUUUCCUUGAAAGGUGUUUGUCACUUGUUUCGGCCAUAAAAUGAAGCACAAAAUUUAAAGUAAUCAUGAUCCAGUCAAUGUAUGUGGAUAUAAACAUUACAGACUUUAAUGUUUUGUUUUGGAUUGACUUAUAUGUUAAGGUAUUUUUUUAUUUGGUAUUGUCAUUAGUAAUUACAUAU